AUGGAGCCUGGGUUAAAUUAUUUGUAUGUAAAAAUAAGAAAGGAUUUUGGACAGCAAGUCAGGUUUUGCGAGGUUCCAGCGGUAAUGUUAGAUUCAAUUGAUCCAAAUAAACUUGACCAAAAGCAAUAUUGUCUACGAAAUCCAACUUCUAAUGAAAGUCAGACAGUUAUUAAAUUAUCUGAACAUUAUGUGAAUACAAAAAAGAUUGUCCUUCGUGAUCAAGGAGUUAAUCACGUUGAAGGCGGUUGGCCAAAAGAUAUAAAUUUCCAAGACGAAGAAGCCACUUCUAGACACCGUAGGCGUUUUGAACGCGAUGAUUCUUAUGUCAGUGCAAUUUUAAAUUCUUACGAUGGUUUAAAGCAUCUUAUUGAACAAAAUAAUGCAAUAGAAAUGUAUAAUAUGUAUUUCAAGGAAAUAAAUUCCGAGGAACCAGUUGAGAAAUAUUUUGUUCGCAAAUCUAUUGUUUUUAAUGAUCCUGAUGAAAGACCAAUUGCAUCUAUAGGUUGGACACAUGAAGAUGAUUCAAAAAUUGUGGUUGCAUAUUGUAAUAAAAAUUAUCCUGUUAAUAGACCGGUAAAUAAAAAUGCUACAUGUUCGAUCUGGGCUAUAGAAAAUUCUGCAGAGACCUAUACUGAUUUUAUUCCUCCUUCAUUUUGCUGGAAAGUAGCCUGCUCUCCUUCUAAUUCUAGUGAAAUAAUUGGAGGUCUUCAAAAUGGUAGUGUUUGUAUCUUUGAUAUUCGCGCCAAAAAGGAACCUAUUGCCAUAAGUCCAAUACACUUAGCUCACCGAGAUCCUGUCACUGCUCUCUUAUAUAUUCAUUCUCGCUUGAAUAAUGAAUUUUUUAGUGGUUCCAGUGACGGACAGUGCAUGUGGUGGGAUAUUCGAAAUAUAUCAAGGCCAACCGAUAACCUUGUAAUGUCUAUACAUGCUCCUUCAAGCCCAGAUGAUGGUCUUAAGUACACAGAAGGUAUAAGUGCAUUGCAAUUUGAUAGAACAUUUACCACCAAGUUCUUAUGUGGUACUGAUACGGGGUAUGUAAUAAAUGUCAAUCGUAAAGGUAAAAAUCAUGCGGAAGUAAUGAGUGCUAUUUUCUCAGCCCAUAAAGGUUCCGUCAAGUCAGUCGAACGUAAUCCUUUUAUUCCAAAAUUUUUUAUUACAUGUGGCGACUGGACGACAAAUAUUUGGAGUGAUGACAUACAAUCUUCACCAAUUAUAUUUGGCACAUCACAUCCUAAGCAAAUUUCAGAUGUAGCAUGGUGUCCACAAAGAGUUUCAAGUUACAUGUCUAUCUGUCGUGAUGGCAUAUUUCGUUACUGGGAUCUCUUACGAAAAUAUUACGAGCCCAUAGUCGUUUUACCUGUUUCUAAGUAUCCAUUAUUAUAUAUAAGGCCAAAUGAAGAAGGAAAAUUCGUUGCCAUAGGAGACACAAAAGGUUCAUUGAAUCUUAUAACUCUAUCCGAUAAUAUGGUUUACUCUGGUGAUCGAGAUAGAAAUCUUAUAGUACAACAUUUUGAUCGCGAAGCUCGAAAAGAGCAUAUUCUUGAAACUCGUGUUAGGGAAAUACGAUUAAAACUGAAAUUAGAAGCACAUGUACCUGUUGAUUCAACGCUUGGAAAAGUUGAUGAUGAAACUUUAAUACAUAAUGCUGAAGAUGAGUACAGAAAAGUUGUGGGAGAAGAAUUUAAGCAAUUUGAAACUGUGCCAACUACUCGUGGAAAAAGCCUUAAAACUGUCAAACAUUAA